UGUUGCAGCGGUGCGGCUGUACGCUGCGCCCUCUGCUGUCCCUGGUUCCAAGUGAAAACCAGCCGUCGACAGGAUAAAGCAGGUCAGAUCGAACCGGGGGAGGGGAAUCCGGGACAGCCACCAUGUCUGCAGCGCUGCGUCAACUGCGCCGCUCUCCCUCUUUCAUGUUGCGCGGAUCAAGGGAGGGGGUUGGAAAAGCAGCCAUUUGCAGCUAAUUCUUAUGCCUCUAAUUAGCUUUUUUCCUUUAAAAAAAAUAAAAAAAAUGUACAUCUUUGAAACUCGUGCGCAAGUGGGAAUAAAAUAACCAGAAAAAAACGCGCGCGAGGAGCAGCAAUCUGCGAGAGCGGCGACUCCUCUGCCGCAGGGAAACACGCGUUACAAUUUGAUAGUGCGCAGUUUGUGCAUGGUUAAGGCAUUAUUUUCCACGCUGGCAGGGUGGGAUAUAAUAUUCUGCAUAAUGUUUAUAUACAAAAUGGGGAUUUAAUUUGUUUUAAAAAGCAAACAGGUAUUGUCAGCAUGAGCAGGAGGAAGAAUUAAAUGGAUGGAUGAAGCUAGCGUCCUGGGUUUCCCGCCAACAAUGCGAGGCGGGCUGAUUGCACGGGAUCCCCGCUCUAUGCAAAGAGCCGCCUUUCAUUUGCCGUCUCCGCUGCCUGCGAGCAGCCGCCGAGCGCCGCGCUCAGACACUGUAAACCUGCACUGUCUAGUACUAUCGACAAAUAGUGCGCUGCCCGCUGGCGGGAACCGCCCAGAGACCCCGCCUCAAGUGCAGCGGAGUCAAGGUGCGGGAGGGGGCGGCGUGAGUAAGCUCGCCACUGCGGAGCUGGCUGUGCAUUGCACACUUUGCAUCCUGCUCCAAAAAAAAAGCAAGCCUCUCCCCGAGUGAGUGGGUGAUUAUACAACUGAGGGUUUGUAAUUAAGCGGAUUGAUUCCUCAGCGCCAGCGAUCCGCCCCUGCCUGCUCUUCUCUAUAGGAGUUGAGAAGUUGGUCUGUCCUCAUUUAGAUCAGCAACGCUGCAAGAGGCGCUUGUGAGCCAGGGCUUUGAGCUGCUGACACUUAGUCACUGCAAGGAGGGAGCGGCACCGUGUUCGUGGAGAAUAUCAAACACGCAACGCAUUUACUUCGGGAUUUACUCGCCUUAAAAAAAACAUACCCACAACCAGAAAGCUUCGGAGGGAAUUACCGAGCGUCUUCGAUUAGCGCAAAUCUUUUUUCUUUUGCGUUGAAUUUUUAAUUUCUCUCUACUGGGAACGCAAAAAAGGGUAUAAACAGCGGGAUUUCACUUUGCGAUGCUACUCUCCAAGAAGAUCGGUUCGUUUGCUCACAUUUGCAGCCCGACCAACAUGGAUUUGCCAGUGAAAAUCCAGUUACAACAAGUGAAGGAGCGGGAGCCGUUUGAGAAAGUGUAUCAGAUCGGGGCAGUGCUGGGCAGCGGCGGCUUCGGCACCGUCUACAGCGGCGUGAGGCUGAGCGACGGGCUCCCGGUUGCUGUCAAACAUGUAGCCAGAGACCGAGUAACCGAAUGGGGCUCGCUGAACGGCAGCCUGGUGCCCCUCGAGAUCGUGCUGCUCAAGAAGGUGGCUGGAGGCUUUCGAGGAGUCAUUAAAAUGCUGGACUGGUACGAGCGGGGUGACAGCUUCUUGUUAAUCAUGGAGCGGCCGGAACUGGUCAAAGACCUGUUUGAUUUUAUCACUGAGAAGGGAGCCCUGGAGGAAGAGCUGGCGCGAGUCUUCUUCAGGCAGGUCCUGGAGGCAGUACGGCACUGCUACAACUGCGGUGUCGUUCACCGGGACAUCAAGGACGAGAACCUGCUGGUCGACCUGCGCUCCGGCGAGCUCAAACUCAUAGACUUCGGGUCGGGGGCGUUGCUCAAGGACACGGUCUACACAGACUUUGAUGGCACAAGAGUGUAUAGUCCUCCAGAGUGGAUUCGUUACCAUAGAUACCACGGGAGAUCUGCUACUGUGUGGUCUUUGGGAGUGCUGCUGUAUGAUAUGGUUUGUGGGGAUAUCCCUUUCGAACAAGAUGAAGAGAUCUUGCGAGGUCAAGUGUACUUCAGGAGGCGAAUUUCUUCUGAAUGUCAGCAUUUGAUCAAGUGGUGCCUUGCACUGCGGCCUUCCGAGAGACCCAUGCUGGAACAGAUCUUUGAACAUGCUUGGAUGCGAAAGGCUGAAGUAGUUAAAACCGAGGACUGUGACAUCAGGCUGCUGAGCCUAGACCUCGAGACCUCCAGCACAAGUUCGAGCAAGGAGAGUCUGUGAAAUAACACGUGCUUAACAGCAGGAGGGGAGUUCGACAUAAAAAGGACCCUGUGGUGAUGCCACCAGCUUGUUGUGGGAGGGGAUAAUGGUUUAUUUCUGAUCCUGUUCUCUGGGUGGGGGUGGGA